AUGGCUGACAUCCUCACACAGCUCCAGACUUGUCUGGAUCAGCUCGCAACACAAUUCUACGCAACACUUGGCUAUCUCACAACAUACCACGACAAUGCCCCAACAACACCACCGCCAAAUGUCCCCAACGCAGUACCAGCCCUAGCCAAGAUCACCAAGAACUCGUCAUCACCCCCGGUCCCAGCAGCUAUCGCAAAUAAAGUGGGGGGUGCAGCCGCCGUUGCAGGAAAUGCAUCACCCCCGCAUGCGCCUCCUCAACAACCCGGAGCUGCGCCAGGGACAGCACUACAGGGUGAUGAUCCCAACCUUCCUCCCGCGCCAGACUCACCCAGCACAUUUGCGAGCCGCCAACGAGAGCUUGCGCGCGAUCUCAUUAUCAAGGAACAGCAGAUCGAGUACCUUAUCUCUGUGCUUCCUGGAAUUGGCGCCUCUGAAGCCGAGCAAGAGACCAGAAUCCGGGAACUGGAGAUAGAGCUUAGAGACGUUGAGAAGGAACGCGCUGCGAAAGUGCGGGAGUUGAAAAAGUUAAGGACUCGGCUGGAGGAUGUUCUCGGCGCUGUUGCUGUUGGUAUCCAUGGGGAUGGGUACCCUUCAAAGUGA